UGGGGCGGGGGCUGGGCCCUGUCUGGGAGUCUGGGGGCGCCGGCGGGGACUGACCGGGUCGGAGAGGUUUGCGGAAAGGGGCUCCGGGGAGGGGGCGGGCCCUGCGCGGGCGGGGUGCGGGCGGCCCUCCGGCGCGCGGGCCUCUGCAAGUUCGGCGGCACUUCGGCGGAGCUGCGCCUUCCCCGGCCGGGGUCAGCUGCCCUCCUCCUUUCUCUCCUGCUUGGGGACGCGUGCCCCCCACCCUCCCCCCGACAGCCUGACUGGUGGGCGCGCCGCGCUGCAGGGCUGUGUUUGCUCUCCUGGCCGUCCGCGGCGGCCCCGCCGCCCGCUUUCUAUUUCCCCGUUCAGCCCCUGCUCCCGCGGGUGCUUGGGUGCAGCGCCGGCGCUUUUGUUGGAAGCGGUGUCCCCGGCACCGCACAGAGUGACGGGAGUGGGCAGGGCGGACGCUGGUGGAAGGCUGGCUUGGCGCCCCCGCGCGCGCCCCGCAGCAUCUUUGUUUUCCGUACGUCUUGACUUCUGAGACGUCUAGCCGUAGGCACCGUGACCCCGCCACCGGCCCCAUGGAGGCGCUGGGCCUGGGCCCCGUGAAGCAGGAGCGAGGCGCCGCCGAGGGCCUGACCGCCGACUCGCCGUGGCACCGCUUCCGCCACUUCCACCUGGGCGACGCCCCGGGGCCCCGCGAGGCGCUGGGGCUGCUGCGUACGCUCUGCCGGGCCUGGCUGCGGCCGGAGGUGCGCACCAAGGAGCAGAUGCUGGAGCUGCUGGUGCUUGAGCAGUUUCUGAGCGCGCUGCCCACCGAGGUGCAGGCCUGGGUGUGCAGCCGCCGGCCACAGAGCGGCGAGGAGGCCGUGGCGCUGCUGGAGGAGCUGUGGGGACCAGCGACGAGGGCGCCUCAGGAUGCGACCGGAGGCUCUGGGGUCGGCGUGAGAGAGGAAGCCGGUGGGGCGACGCCCUCAGGAGAUGCAGCCCCCGGGCCUGAGGAACCGGCGACGGCGGACGCCCAGGCCGCGCGCCCCUACAAGCAGGAGCCGGGCAGCCCCCCGCCGGCGCCGCCAGACCCGCCGGGGCCCAGCCUGCCGGCCUUCCUGGCGGCCCCGGGCACCGCGUCCUGCCCCGACUGCGGCAAGGCCUCGCUGAAGCCUGCGCACCUGCUGCGCCACCGGCAGAGCCACUCGGGCGAGAAGCCGCACGCCUGCCCCGACUGCGGCAAGGCCUUCCGGCGCAAGGAGCACCUGCGACGCCACCGCGGCACGCACCCUGGCGGCCCGGGCCCGGCCUUGCGCCCGCUGCCUGCGCGCGAGAAGCCGCACGCCUGCUGCGAGUGCGGCAAGACCUUCUACUGGCGCGAGCACUUGGUGCGCCACCGCAAGACGCACUCGGGUGCCCGGCCCUUCGCAUGCUGGCAGUGCGGCAAGGGCUUCGGGCGCCGCGAGCACGUGCUCCGCCACCAGCGCACCCACGGGCGCGCGGGCGGGGCGGCCCCGGGCCCCGAGGGCGCCGCGCCCUUCCCGCCCUGGCCCCUGGGGUAGCUCCGGCCGCGCGCCCGGGGCCUCCGCCCCGGUUUCGCACCCCAGUGCCCGAGCCCUGUCGCGUGAUGCCCCGAACCUCACUCUGCGGGCCAGCCCCCGCCCCGCCCUCGUCCUCGCAGCUUCUGCGGUCCUCCCCACCCCGACCCUCCCGGGCCCGGAGCCUAGACGAAGACCUGGACAGGGGCGGGGCCCCGGGCCGGAGGAGCCUGCAGGGAGGGGACUGGGUCUUGUCCCGCCCGGGGAGACUGCCCCUUGCCCCUCCCAGGACGGGUGGAUCGCGGCACGGCUUCGACAGGACGGGCCGGGUUCCGGCAGGGGGAUCCGAUCUCUGGGGUCCUCGCGCUGCGACCGGCCUGUCAGGCAGACCCGAGGUGGACAGACGCCGGCUCCCGGGACGCGCGCCGGAGACCGCCGCUGACUAGCGUCUGGAGAGGGUUGUUAAUAAAGCUGCUGAUGAGUUGUGCAGA